CGUCCGGGUGUCGCAGCAAUUGAUUUUACAAUACUAGCCUCCCCCUUAGAUAUUUCUCACCGAGAUUUGCUUGGAGGAUACGAUUCAGCAUGGCCGCCGAGCAGCGCAAGCUUCUCGAGCAGCUCAUGGGAGCGGACCAGCUCAUCGGUACUGGUGCAUCUGCUCGAAACGCGCAACUAUCUAUUACAGACCCAAAAGUCUGCCGAUCGUAUCUGGUCGGCACAUGCCCCCAUGACCUUUUCACAAAUACGAAACAAGACCUUGGACCGUGUCCCAAGGUACACAGUGAAGGUUUAAAGGCUGAGUAUGAGGCAGCGUCGUCGCAUGAGAAGUCGAAGUGGGGGUUUGAAUACGAUUACAUGCGCGACAUGCAAAAGUACAUCGACGAGUGUAAUCGGAGAAUUGAUUCAGCGCAACGACGGUUGGAAAAAACCCCGGAUGAGAUACGGCAGACAAACAACUUACUGCGACAAAUUUCAGACCUAAGCAAAACGAUCAAUACCGGGCUCGAAGAAACUGCCAUUUUGGGCGAGCUCGGAUGUGUAUCGCUCGCAAUCACGGAAUUUCACAAGAUCAGACAAUCAAAACACCAGAAGGAAAGCGCUGAAAGGGAAUUGAAAGCCCUUUCCGAUACCUCCGGUCCCUCUGGACAUCAAAAGCUUCAAGUAUGCGACGUAUGCGGUGCUUAUCUUAGUCGUCUAGACAACGAUCGCCGACUUGCAGAUCAUUUCUUCGGUAAAAUGCAUUUAGGCUACGCCAAAAUGCGUGAAACAUAUUCCACGCUACAAAAGGAGCUCAAGGGUCCACCGCCAUCGCGACACGAGGAUGGGCCGUCCGGUCGUGAUUCAGGUUACGAAGAUGGCGGCUGGGGCCCCAGGCCAGGCGGAGGAUAUGGAGGAAGAUCCUACCGGAGUGGCGGGGGAGGUGGUGGUUAUGGCAGACGAAGAGGAGGGGGUUAUGGAAGCAGGUGGUAAUUUGUGGACAUUCUACUUUCCACGGGACUCGCAUAGCGCAGGCGUUACUGGUGUUUAACUUAAUACCAACUCACAGUCUAGUAUUUUUGAUGUAAAAGAGGGAUUAUUCAAGUUUAUGGCAGGAGGUCUGUGGCUAGAUCUGUUUUGAAUUUGCAAGUUAAGGCUCUAGAGAAUGUC